UGUACCAACACGGUGCAUUCUGGGAACGGAAAUAGACCGCGUUAUUCUUCCGCUUUAAAGUUACUCAUCAUUCGUUUAUCGCUGUCUUCAAAUAAAGCGACAUUAUCCCUGGGUUGCUUUCGUCUGAAGACUUGAGCAGCGAUAAAAGUGAUGAGGUCGAACAAGCGCAAUGGCAUUCCGGUCAGUGACAAGUGAAAUGCGGUAAAUGUUUCCACAAAAUUGAUGUCCCACCACACCAGCCACAACCUCAUAGCCACUUGCCACAUCUGCAACACCACCUUCCAACGCAUGUCGGCGCUUUCUUCACACUUGGACAAUGCAGACAGUCCGACGGUGUGCUGGAAUUGCUCUCAGUGUUUUAGUAAUGUGUGGGAGCUUAACAAGCAUGAGGAACACUGCUUGAGCUCAGCAGACGGAAGUAGUGACCUAGCGUCGGACGUGGAGCUGCGGUUGAGCCCGAGCCCGGGGACAUCUGGAAACAGCGUGGACUAUGAACUGGGAAGACCGCUUGACUCUGAUGACGUGAGCACGGAUGAGUCAACAAACGGUUCUUCUGAUGAUGAUGAUAGUGAGUUUGACGCCAAAGCGGCUCAAGUUGAUCUCAGUGACACAGAAUCAGAUGAGGAAUCAAACUCAAGCACGAUGAAUCCCGCUGGUUUUGCACAUAUUGCCAGUCGUGGCAACCUUAUCCUCCCUGUUAACAAGAACGCCAUCUGCAAAGACUGUGGCCGAGGCCCCUUCAGUUCCAUCAAGCUACAUCUGCGCUACUGCACUGGCUACCCGGGGAGAUUAUUUCAGUCCUCUUGUUGCAAGACUUUCUUUCCCAGUCAGGAGGCUCUCAAGGAGCACCGCAUCGUCUUAUACGCCUGUGAAGUUUGCGGUCAGGUGUUCAAUAAGUGGGUCUCGCAGCAUCACCACCAGCCUACCAACAAACCCCGUCUGAGGGUGGUUUCCUUCUGCCCCGAAUCAAUGCCCAAAACGUGCACCAUAUGCAAGUCGUUUUUUCUCAACGAAAAGUUCUUUUUGGCCCACGUCACCCGAGUUCACACGUCAGUGGUCAGCACUAAGUUGUGCAUCAUCAACAAACCGUCGGGCUUGACUGACAAUAAGUCGCCGGCUAAUGUGGCCACAAAGUUAAUUCCCAAGUCCGUCAUCAAGACCGAGCCGGACGAUGAGUUCUCGGUCAAUGCGGCCGCAAAGAUUACGCCCAAUCCUGUCAUCAAGACCGAGCAGGACGAUGGGUUGUCGGCUAAUGCGGCCGCAAAAAUUACGCCCAAGACUGAGCAGGACGAUGGGUUAUCGGCUAAUGCGGCCGUAAAGAUUACUCCCGAGCCUGUCAUCAAGACCGAGCAGGAUGAUGGGUUGUCGGCUAAUGCGGCCGUAAAGAUUACUCCCAAGCCUGUCGUCAAGACCGAGCAGGACGAUGGGUUUUUGGCUAAUGCGGCCACAACGAUUACGCCCAAGCCUGUCAUCAAGACCGAGCAGGACGAUGGUUUUUUGGCUAAUGCGGCCGCAAAGAUUACUCCCAAGCCUGUCGUCAAGACCGAGCAGGACGAUGGGUUUUUGGCUAAUGCGGCCACAACGAUUACGCCCAAGCCUGUCAUCAAGACCGAGCAGGACGAUGGUUUUUUGGCUAAUGCGGCCGCAAAGAUUACGCCCAAGCCUGUCGUCAAGACCGAGCAGGACGAUGGGUUUUUGGCUAAUGCGGCCGCAACGAUUACGCCCAAGCCUGUCAUCAAGACCGAGCAGGACGAUGUUUUUUUGACUAAUGCGGCCGCAAAGAUUACGCCCGAGCCUGUCAUCAAGACCGAGCAGGACGAUGGGUUUUUGGCUAAUGCGGCCACAAAGAUUACGUCCGAGACUGUCAUCAAGACCGAGCAGGACGGUAGUUUUUUGGCUAAUGUGGCCGCAAAGAUUACGUCCGAGACUGUCAUCAAGACCGAGCAGGACGAUGGGUUUUUGGCUAAUGCGGCCACAACGAUUACGCCCAAGCCUGUCAUCAAGACCGAGCAGGACGAUGGGUUUUUGGCUAAUGUGGCCGCAGAGAUUACGUCCGAGCCUGUCAUCAAGACCGAGCAGGAAGAUGGGCUUUUGGCUAAUGUGGCCGCAGAGAUUACGUCCAAGCCUGUCAUCAAGACUCGGCAGGUCUUGAAUGCACAGCCCCUUUUGGACCAUACGUAUUGUUAUUCGGAGGGGUUGGGGACAAAGCGCCCUGAUUUAGCAUGCUCAGCUCCACUACCCACCAUCGUGGCCUUGUUGGAGAAUCAAAGGCAGGUCUUGACAAAGCGAACAAACACAAGAGCGCAGCGCACCUGCCGACAGUGCGGCACCGUCUUACGGCAGCCCUACCUUGCCGUUAGCCACCGCUACCUCCACCGGGGCAGCCGCUCGCACCGGUGCCAGUGCGGCCGGGCCUUCAAGCACCGUCUGCACCUCCUGCGCCACCGGGUGCAGCACGCCGAGGCCGAAAGUUACAUCUGCGUCAACUGCGGAAACACAUUCACCGGAGCGAGACUCUUAGCCGAGCACCUGAGAGGAAAUACAUGGAAAACCAAAAAAUGCCGGACAAAGUGCAAUAUGCCCCUUGCAUGCAGCUGUGGACAUUUCUUUUAUAGAGCAUCUGCCUACAUAUGGCAUCAAAUUAAAAACAAUGUGAAAACCAGGAAUUUGUAAAUGACAAUCAGGACGUCUUACACCUUAUUUCACUUAUCACCAUUUUUUGUAACGUAUUAGUGAUGAAGCUCAAUCCCGCACAUGACAACUUUCAAUUCCAAAAUGUCCCAGACAGUCUUAAUGACGUGCAAAUUUCAAUUUAUUUUGAAAACAGCAGAGUACAAGAAAUGUUACUCAUUUCAGUAAUACAUAAGAAAAAAGUCUCCAGUUUAUCCUCCCUUUGUCCAGUUGUGUGAAAUUUGCAAAGUACUUCUCUUCCAAUGAGAUAUUUGUUUUUGGAUUGAUCGUUUGAAUGGAAGAUGUACAGUGAACUUCCGCUAUUAGAGCAGGGGGAAAGAAACUCUUCUUUGCCAUGAAUAGAGAAAGUCUGCGACUAAUUCCUCCCACUGCAUUUUUUUUUCCAUUUUUUUAUAAUGGAGGAGAGAUGCCACAACGUGGUAGCAUUAAUAUGGACAAAUUGUAAUGGCAAACUAAGCUGGCCAUUAGUCACUGCAUUAUGAGAGGAAAAAGAAACGCUUUCAGUUUCACUUUUGACAGUUCACAAGAUGCAUUCAACAUCGGCCAACGUAACAGGACAUCUCAAAUGUGGAUAAUAAAACAGUUUCCCUUAAAGCACAAAAACAGCAACUAGCCAAAGUUCUCAGCAAAUAGCAAGGUAGAUUCCAAAGAAAUGUGCAAAUUUGAGAAUGUUGAUUGCAAAUGUGCAGGGGUUCACUGUAUGUCAAAUAUUGUGUGGUUCAAUUUCUCAACUGUGUUUUGAUAAUUUCGGAUUUUUUGAAUGAACUAAUGACGACGUAAUCACUGUUGUACUCAAUCUACUCAAUGUCCGCUAGAGGGAGCACUUUGUCCAUCUUGUACCCCGUUGUCAAUUCCCCACACAAACUAGAUCUUCAUCCCAUCUUGACCGUCUUACAUUUGAGAUGAACAUGCUAAGAUGUUAAACAAUUUAAAAUAAACUUGUCUUUGAAUGCAACACUU